AUGAACACCCCUGGGUGGUUUCACGAUGCGAACCUAGCGAGGAAGCAUAACUACCGCAUCCUGGGUUACAUCGGAGAAGCAAUGUAUACCUCAUAUUUUCAUGCUUACAAACCUGACGUGACGCAGAGCUCAUCGAAAUGGUCAGGCACCUGCUCUCAGUCACCACUUCUGGAUGCUACAAGGUCCAACGUCAAAGGUAAGGCUACAAACAUCUACGAUGCAAACUACCACAAGAGAUGA